UUUGGCGGGUGUGCAGAAAACAUGGCGGAAAUUUUGAAAGGCUGCAGUGUGCGCUGUAAGAUGUCCUGGGACGAGCUGGAGGCCCUGUGUCGCGCUGAGAGGCUCUGCUGCCCACAGCUCGGAGUCAGCAGGGCCAACAUCAACGACUACGAGGUGGAGUUCCUCUGUGACUACAAGAAGGUCAAGGAGGAGGAGUUCUACUUGGUGAAGUGGAGGGGCUUCAAAGAGGCAGAAAACACCUGGGAACCCAAGAGGAACCUCAAGUGCCCCAAACUGAUGAAGCAGUUUCACCAGGACCUGGACUACAUCCGUCGGCGCUACAAGAGGACCCCAAAAAACAUCCCCAAAAAGCUGGACAAAGAAGUCUCCUCCUUCCUGGUCCACAAAGCCAAAGCGCGGCAGAGUCUGCAGCGCUGGGAGGCCCAUCUGAAUUACACCUGCAACCACCCGGGCCGCAUCUUCGUGGUGAACGAGGUGGACCUGGAGGGCCCCCCAAAGAACUUCACCUACAUCAACAACUACAAGGUGGGCGCGGGCAUCGAGCUGGACGAGAUGGCCGUGGGCUGCGAGUGCAAGCACUGCCUGGAGGAGCCGGUGAACGGCUGCUGCCCCGGCGCCUCGCUGCAUCGCAUGGCCUACAACGACCGGGGCCAGGUCCGCCUCCGCCCCGGCCAGCCCAUAUACGAGUGCAACUCCCAGUGCCGCUGCCCCCGCGACUGCCCCAACCGGGUGGUGCAGCACGGCAUCCAGUUCGACCUGUGCAUCUUCAAGACGGAGGACGGCCGGGGCUGGGGCGUCCGCACGCUGCAGCACAUCAAGAAGAACACCUUCGUCAUGGAGUACGUGGGGGAGAUCAUCACCACGGAUGAAGCCGAGAGGCGGGGUCAGGUGUACGACCGGCAGGGCUCGACCUACCUCUUUGACCUGGACUACGUGGAGGACGUGUACACAGUGGACGCCGCUCACAUGGGAAACAUCUCACACUUCGUUAACCACAGCUGCAGCCCCAACCUGCAGGUGUUCAACGUGUUCAUUGACAACAUCGACGAGAGACUUCCCAGAAUCGCCUUGUUCUCCACGCGCUCCAUCCGGGCCGGAGAGGAGCUGACCUUCGACUACAGGAUGCAGAUGGAUCCCGUCGACACGGAGAGCACCAAGAUGGACUCCAGCUUCAGCGUGGCCGGGCUGCCCGGCUCGCCCAAGAAGAGGGUUCGAGUGGAGUGCCGCUGCGGGUCCGAGUCCUGCCGGAAGUACCUGUUCUGACCCCCGCCCCCCCCGCCCGGCCCCGCCCCCCGGGCAGAGGAGGAGGACCUUGUACAGACUGAUGGGUUGUUUGCAUGAUUUGUCUGUGUUGACUGUGCCGUUGUGCCGUUCGGGUGUCUGGUCACACGGUCCAGCGACCGACCGGCCGGGGUCGGAGGUCACGGUCCAGCGACGGACCGGCCGGGGUCGGAGGUCACGGUCCAGCGACGGACCGGCCGGGGUCGGAGGUCACGGUCCAGCGACGGACCGGCCGGGGUCGGAGGUCACGGUCCAGCGACGGACCGGCCGGGGUCGGAGGUCACGGUCCAGCGACGGACCGCUCCCACUCCGGACAGCCCGGGGUCGGAGGUCACAGGUCAGGAAACGGCCUGCACUCUGGCCCAACUGGAACUGCUUUCGCAGUGGAACUGUUCAAGUGUCCCUCCGACAUCACCACCGCUCCACUUCCUGUACACACACACACACACACACACACACACGAAUUGGCACAGAGCAGUGUGUUCAGACAGUGUGAGCAUGGUGGCGUGUUUCCAUGCUGCCGCCUGGGGGCGGAGCUCCAGAAUGACCUCCAUCUGCUGAGCAGGACGUCAGCUGUGUGAACUCUGCUGCCCCCUGUGGCCAGACGUGCUGCUGCAACAGUGACCUGUUUGGGCGGGGUGUGUUCUGCUGUGGUUCUGGUUCUGGUCCGCCCCAGGCCUCGGGGCUUCAUCAGAAGGUCCAGUUUGGCUCAGAAGAGCCGCUCCCUGCGGCCCAGCCUGGGUUUGAUGGUCUCAGCAGGUCCCCGGCCCAGCAGACUGAGGCGGAGCGGCGGCGGCGGCGGCGCUGUGGCUGCAGCUGCAGACGGGUCUGUUUGUAGCAGGGCAGCUGUAUGUGGUGAUUUGUGAAGCUGUAAUAAAGGCCCUGGAUGAUCUGCUGGCGUGUGGGCGGGGCUGAGCGGUCCGCCGUCACAGGCCGUCCGGAGCAACGUACUGCCGAGCGUUCCGGUCGUUCAGGAGACGGACCGCUUGGAAUCACACACACCUUUAGUUUGGCAGCA